AUGUAGUCUAAUUGCAUUCCUAAUACUUUAUGUCAUAGUAAGAUUGUAAACAAUAACCAAAUCAUAGAAAAUACUUAAUUAUCUUUGAAGCUAAACGAAGAGUAAAACAAAAUAUUAAGACAAUAGUAACAAUAGUUUAAGCAAGCAGAUAAGUUUAUCGAGAUAUUAUAGAAAGAAUAUUAGGAUUGGGAGACCCUUUAAAGUUCAAUUUAAGUGUAUUUAUGUUAAUAAGAGUAUAUUGAUAUUGUCAAAGAUCUUAAAAAAAGAAAAAUAAUUAAUGAUGAAGAAGCAUCUUAAAUAAUAAUAUAUAUUUAAAAAAAUCAAUCUCUUUCUAAAUAAUUUGAUAAGGUUUUUCGGUUAGGAUUUUAUUCAUUUGAAGAAUUUUUACAACUAAUAGAAGUUUAAUAAUUAGAAUAGGAUAGAGUAUUAGAAUUGAAUUUAAAAGAGUUCGACAAUUUGGUUGCGAAUAGACAUUUUAAUUCAUCUAACUUAAUUAGACAAACUUUUCAUAUUCUAUCAACUUAUAGUUAAAUAAAUGAAGCUAACAAAUUUUCUUUAUCCUCAUAAAUUGAGCUGAGUGAUACGAUUCUUCUAUGUAAAAAAUUUAUGAAAUAGUUUAACUAUUAUCCCAAACCUAUUUAACUAUUAUCAGUUUUAGAACUAUAUGAACAUGGGUCAAAAGGAAGAAUAGUAGAAAUUUAUUCUGGAGAAGGGAAAACAUCAAUAAUAGCACUUCUGGCAAUAUUAUUAAUUAAGAAAAAACAAAUGAAUAUUGAUAUUAUAACCAGUUCACCAUCUUUGGCUAUUCAAAACACCAAAUAGUUUAAACAAUUUUAUUAAUAAUUUUCAAUUUCUGUUUCACAUAAUAUAAAUGAUUAAAAUAAGCUUAAUGAAGAAAUUAAUUCAUACUAUUAAAGUCAAGUCAUCUAUGGAGAUAUUUUGAGUUUUUAAGAGGGUAUUUUAAGAAAUAAACAAUAAAAAUAUGGCUCAAGUAAACAUAGAAUAUACGGAUAUGUUAUUUUGAAUGACGAGAUUGAUUCUUUGAUGAUUGCAGGUAAUUAAAUGCAUUCAGAUAUUAAUAAAACUGAAAUUAAAUAAAAUAUUGCAUUAUCGAAUUUAUAUAAAGAACGGUUGUUGGGAAUAACAGGAAGUUUAGGUUCAAAAGCUCAAUAAAAUUUUUUAUCAAAGCACUACAAUAUAGACUUUGUAUUCAUUCCUUUUCAUUCUUAAAGUCAAAUAGUCGAAGUUAAAGGAUUGGCUUUACUUGAUGAAAAAGAAUGGCUAGAAAGGAUUUCUUAAGCUGUUCAAGAAUAAAUAUUAAAUAAUAGAGCUGUAUUGAUAAUUGCUAAAACUAAAGGUGUGGUCAGUAAAAUAGAAAGUAUAUUUUCCAGGAAUUAAAAGGUCAUCAAAUAUUUAAAAGAUGAUUAAAUUUCUCAAAAUGAAAUUUAGCCACAAACGAUUAUAAUUGUCCCAUAUGAAAUGAUUAGAUAGGUAGUAAUAAAAAUAAGUACAAAUUUAGAAAAAAAUGGAGGGAUACAUGUGAUCAUGUCAUUUUUACCUCAAAAUAGUAGAUUAGAAGAUUUAGGGUUCUCUAGAAUACUAAGGCAAGGAAUAAAUGGAUCAAAAUAAUUAAUUGUAUAGUUUAAAGACAGUUUGUGUUUCAAUUCUUAGAGAAAUUAUUUUUUAUCGCAGGAAUGUUAAAGGUUUUAAGAAAAUAUUAGGAACUAAAAUUUAGAGUCUCUUAAAUUAUUGAGAAAUAAAUAGGAAGAAUAUUACUUAGAAGAAGCUGAAGAAGAAAUUAAAAUUUAAGGAAAGGAUUAUUAAAAUUUUUUCAAUAGUAAAAUAACUCAAGAAAAUCUAAUGCAGAAUUAAUAAAUACUUAACGUCUAAGAUGAAAAAUAGAAUCAAUUGUUCAAACAAAAUAUACCAAAUAGCUAAGAUAAUAAUAUUGUAAGAAAAGUCUAAUUAUUUUAUGAUAAAUCCAAUUCAUAUAUAUAAAAUACUUAAGACUCUAUUGCAAAUAUGGGUUAUUUUAACAACCUAGAAAAUGCUGAAGCUGAAUUAAUAAAUUUGCAUUUAUCACGUAUCAGCUUGUUACCAACAAAUUCAGUAAAUCAAUCUACAUUUUUUCAGACUUAGCAUAAUUAGCAAACUCCGAUAAAUCUUAAUAAGCAAGAUGUUUAUAUGAUCGAAAAAGAUGAAUAGUUUGUAUGUUUGAACCAUUCCGAAUAUGCUUCUUAAGUUUUGCUAGAUGAGUAAUUGAAAGGUUAAGAAAAAUUAGUAUGCAAUAAAUGUCUAAAUCAAAGGAAAGAUAGUAUUUUAUGUUAACCGCUUCAAUCGAUAAUCGAAAAAAUAGAGAGGAGAAAAUUAAAACCAAAUGAUUAACUUGCUUAGUUUUUCCAUGGUUAACAGAAUUAUCUUGAUACAAAAUCAUAGAUAAUACUAUAACAAAAGUAAAAUUUGUUUAUUCAUUUUGAUCAAAUCGAAAGGGCGAUUUAAAAGUCUAAAGAAUAAAUUUAUGACUUAUAUAAACAACAAUAUUUAUGUAGUGUAUUCAAGGAAUUAAAUUUGUUAAAUGUUAGUGAAGAUUUUUUAUUGAGAGUGAAAAAAGAUAGAUAAAAGAGAUAAUUGCUAAUAUUCAUUAAUAGUUAGAUACUAAGAUAAUAAAACAUCAUUGAAAAUUAUAUGAUAUAAUUUCAAAUUUCAACACCAGUUUUAAUUUAACUCCGAUAUUUUAAGGGAUAACACAUAAAUAAUUGCAUAAAUUUAGUUAACAAUAAUUAUGUCAAGUUCUAACAUUUAAUUUUGAUGAUUCUAAAGUGAUUGCUGGUACAGGUAAAUAAAUUAAAGUAUGGGAUUUCCAAUAGGAUAAGAUCAUUGAUAAUUAAAUCAUUCUUUAAGGACAUUCUGAGGACAUUCGAUGUAUAGUUGUCAGCAAAAACCGUAAUUGGCUAGUAUCUGGAGGUGAUGAUUCCCUUUUAAUGUGUUGGAAUUAGCUAAGAAGUAAUUGGGAGAAAAGUUGGGCAAAAUAAGUAAACUCAGGCUCGAUCACAUAAAUAAUUCUAAAUGAUAAAGAAGACUAAUUAAUUUUCUGUAGCUCUUAAGGAAAAAUAGGGAUCUUGAGAAUAAAUUAAGAUAAUAAUUAUGUUUAAGAAAUAUAAAAUCUGUAGAAACAUAAAAAAAAAGUAAAUUGUGUAAGCUUAAGUAAAUCAUAUGACCUUAUGGUAUCAUGUAGCGAGGAUGAUUAAAUUAUAAUUUGGGGAAAAACAUUUACAGAAUUAUGGGAAUUCAAAUAGUUAAUCAUCACAUAAGGAAAAAGGAUCUAAAGAGUGUUUUUUUAAUCUAAUAAUACAAUAAUUACUUAAGCUACUUAAGGAUAAAUAGAAGGAUAUAUCAAAAACAACGAUUAAUUUAUUUACAGCAAUAACUUAAGGUUUGAACUUAAUAGCCUCUAAAAUUUAAAUAGUAAUGAUUAUGAAUUAGUUUAUAAUGAAAUGAGGUAGUUCUUUUUAAUUAAACAAUAUGAAAAGUUAUUUUUUAUCUAGAGAUUAAAUUUGUCAUAAAAUUAGAACAUUAUAAAAAAUUGCAUGGAUUGUGGUGAAAAUAUAAAAGUUUUUAAUAUUUCAAGGAAUGGAAAUUAUUUAAUUGCUUAGAUUGGGUAAUCAAAGCCGAAAUUUAGAGUUUAUGAAAUUAAAUAUGAUUAAUGA